GCAGCCUGCGCGGGCCGGGCCGGAUCGGACCGAGGGGGGCGCAGCCCAGAAACCACGCGGGCUGCGGAGCCGCUGCCGCCGGGAGAGAGUCAGCAGCUCACCCACCGCGGCCGCCGCGCCAGCCGGACCGGACGGCGGAGGACGUGACGGCGGGCAUGGGCCGCCUCCCGCUGGAGCCCUGGCUGCAGCCGCUGCUCAGCCCCGCGGGCCUGGCCCUGGCCGCAGCCCUGCUGCUGCUGCUGCUCCUGUGGCUGCGCGGCCGGCGCACCAGGAGACCUGGUGAGCCUCCAUUGCUAAAAGGCUGGCUUCCUUACUUUGGACUGGCUCUGAAAUUACAAAAAGAUCCCAUCGGUUUCAUGAGAACUCUUCAAAAUCAACAUGGUGACACGUUCACUCUUCUCCUUGGAGGAAAGUACAUAACAUUUAUUCUGGACCCUUACCAGUACCAGUUAGUGAUGAAGAAUCAGAAAUUAAGCUUUCGAAUGUUUAGUAAAAAUAUAUUAAAGAAAGUAUUUUCCAUCCAAAAGUUGAUGACCGAUGAUGACCUGAACGACGAGCUUCAUGACUGCUAUAAACUUUUACAAGGGAAAUCUUUGGACCUACUUAUGGAAAACGUGACACAGAACCUACACCAAGUUUUUGAACCGAAACUAUUUAAAACCACAAAUUGGGAAAUGGCAUACCUGUUGACAUUCUGCAGCUCAGUAAUAUUUGAGACCACAUUUGCAACCAUAUAUGGAAAAUCUGCUGCUGGUGAUAGGAAGGAAUUUAUUACUGAACUUAAAAAUGAUUUUUUUAAAUUUGAUGCUAAGUUCAUAUAUUUACUAUCAGAUAUACCCAUUGAGCUUCUAGGAAAUGUCAAGUCUAUUCAAAAGAAACUUAUAAGACACUUGACAUCAGAAAACUUGGCUAAUAUACAAGGAUGGUCAGAAGUUGUUCAAAUGAGGCAAGAUAUCCUGGAGAAAUACUAUACAUUCAAAGACUUUGAAAUAGGAGCACAUCAUUUAGGCUUUCUCUGGGCCUCUGUGGCAAACACUAUUCCAACUAUGUUCUGGACCAUCUAUUACCUUCUACGGCACCCAGAAGCCAUGGCGGUGCUGCGCGACGAAAUUGACCAUUUGCUGCAGUCAACAGGUCAAAAGCAAGGGUCUGGAUUUUCCAUCCACAUCACCAGAGAACAAUUGGACAGCCUGGUCUACCUAGAAAGUGCCAUCCUCGAGGCUUUGCGUCUCUGCUCCUUUUCGUCCAUCAUUCGUUUUGUUCAAGAGGAUUUGACUCUGCCUUCAGAGACCGGGGACUACCUCAUACGAAAGGGAGACCUGGUCGCCAUAUUCCCUCCACUCAUGCAUCACGACCCUGAAAUCUUUGAAGCUCCUGAGCAUUGUGUCCAUGAUUCAAAGAUUUCAAGUAUCAGAUUACCAAGCAAUUGAUUGUCUAGCAUCUGACAUAAGUGAUGAUGCUCUAUCUAAAGAGGCAAAACAGGUAGUAAAACACAGGUAAUUCAUGCCACAUUAAUGAUAACUUUUAAUAUUCAGAAAUGCACUACUGUUUAAAGCAGAAAUUGAUUUUUAAAUAACAUUUUAAAGUGUUUAGUUAAUAAGCAAAUAGAUUUUCCAGCAUUUAUUUUUUUUCCUUCCUGAAAAACAUGCUCUAAAUGUUCCUUAGGGAAGGUCCUGUGGUCUAAACAACACUUUUGCUUGGUUCAAGAUGUUUUCAUUUUGCCCUCAUUCUAGAAACAUGAUUUUAUUAUGGUGCACACAUCCAGGUGAGAAUCAUUUCCUCGCGAUAUUUGGAAGAUAUUACAUGUUCCUAAGGCUUCCAUCGUUGUCAAGCGGUUAGCCUUUAGUCAGUCUAAUUAUUCAGUAGAAGUCUGCUCUUUCUCUCUGACAGCUUUAACAUGUUCUCUUUGUCUUCAGUGCUUUUAGUUUCUAUUUAUCAUGCUUGUGACUCUUGAGACUGAGAAUGUGUGUCUUUCAUCAAGUAUGAGAUAUGCUCAGCCACUAUCUCUUUGAAUAUUACCUCUUUCUAGCUCUCUAUUAGAUUCUCUCACUCUAUACUAAAUGUUGUUUGACCUUUUCUCCGCUUAUUUUAUAAUUCUAAUUUACAUCCUAGGUAAUUUCUUUAGAUCUUCUAGGUUUCUUCCCUUCCUCCCCUCCCUCUGUACAGUGUAUUGAAUCUGCUCUUUAACAUAUCCAUUGAGUUUGUUUCUUCCUUCUUUUUACUUUAACCUCAGGCUUAUAGGAUUGAAUAAUCAUAGUCCUUAUACCCAUUAGUUCAUGGUGCACAAUAAUAAUUGGCCCAAGCAAGCCCCCUCUGGCUUUAUUUAUUUAUCCUGUUUUAUCCCUAACCCUCACCAUCAUACCCUUCCCAUCAUAGGCAAAUAUUCUAAUGUGUUUUUAUGUUUAUCUUUUCAUAGCACAUCUAUUAUUAUCUUGGCUGAAUGUUUUUGAUUUACACAAAUGUAUUUUCUAUAAACCAGAUCCUUCUUAAUUCAAUGGUCCAAAAUGUGUAUCCAUCAUUUUUUAAUUAUCUAUUUUCCCAGGAAGCUGUUACUUUGAAGUAGAAGCCAAAGCCCAAUCUUAAACUACCCUCACUUUUCUUGCCAUUUCUAUGCCCAGCCACCUUCCAUCCUGUCCUCAACCUCCAUAGUGUGUAAACACAUACACACAACUCAGGCCUGGGGCUUUAUCUCCUGCCUGCCACAAAACAUGGCCCAUUCAUGUUGUACUAGGAUAUCUAGUCCACCAUCUUACCUGAAGUGGAAACCUUCAGAUUCUUAAAAUCAUCUUAAUAGUACACUCCUGUGAUGUUACAGCAGAGAAAAUGGAGAAAAUUAUUCCAUUUUUAUUUCUGCUAAAUUUAUAAUGAGAAAUAUGUGCAGAAAUUUAGAAUAGAAAAUAAGAAUAAAUUAAAUGAAAAAAAGAAUACAUUAAAUGGCUGAGAAAAUAUUAUGCAAAAUCAAUGGACAGGAGAACCAAAACAAGAGAGUCCUAUGACAGGCUUAAAUCUAGUAAUUAAAAAGUAUUUAUGAAUAGAAAAAAAAAUGCCAUGGUGAAAUAAGUUAAAAGACAAGGAUUCAAGCUGUGACAUAACUGGUUUGUUAUGAUCAACAAGUCAGUUUGCUUCUCAAUGUUUCAUUUUCUUAUUUUCAAAAUAAAAAUAAUAAGGCCUUUCGACAUCAGGGUUCGUUGUGAGGAUGAAACACAGUAGGAAGGUGUGUAAACAUUUUGAAAAGUGAAAUGCAAUAUACAAAUGUAAACUUGAAAAGGAGAUGCUUUAACAAUGUUGUGCCUUUUGAAAACUACUUUUAUUGUAAAAGGAAGUAAUUUUUGUCAUUAGUUAACGCAUUACUCAUUUAUUUGAUCAAACAUUCAUCGAGCAUUUCCUCUAUUCUAGAUAUGAUGUGAUGCACUAGGUUACCUUUCCUCAGGAAUAUACAAUAUAGUAGGGAAAGCAAUGUGCUCACAACUAAUUUAUUGUAAAUGUAGUAAGUAAUAAAUUCAUCUUUUUAAAAAUAUUCGAAAAUUCUGAUUUAUCACUAGUUCUAACCAAUCUUCCAUCAUUAAUUCCACAAUAAUGUUUUGUAAUGAGAAAUUACUCUGUAGAUAAUCACACACAUUAAAACAUACAUAUCAGUUUUUAUGAUUGUAUGGCAAAAAUAACCAAAGCCAAACAUAGUCAAUGAGGCUUCAGAAUUUUUCAAACUAUAUUUUACAUGUUAGAAAAACCCAUAUUUUCAUUUGUAAAUCUCCCCUAAGUUUCAAAUGAAAGGAAACAAAUAAAAAUAAUGAUGUUGAUUUAUAUCAAUGACCACCAAUCAUGAUGUAUCAUCAAAAACUAAGUGCUCUGAAAGUAUUUAGACAAAAGCUAUUUAUCACUAAAUAAGGCAUGCCAUAAGCAACCCACAUGGGAACUUUUAUCUGCCUUCUUUUAGUUUUUCUGACUGACUUCAUUAUAUCUUCUCCAUUUCAUCAUUAAGUUUUGGGUCACAAGUCAAAGGCAACAGAUCUUCCUAACUCAAAAUUGACAUGAUUACUUCUGCUUAUUUUCUCAUAAAAAAUAAUUUGGGCACCUUUUCCUAUAAGCAUCUCCUAAUGUAACAGGAAUAUUAAAACCCAUUUCCAAGAUUAAAGCUAACAAUUAUCUAGGCUUUGAUCUCAGUGUAAAAUAAUGUCAACAAUGAUAAAAUAAAAAUUACAUGCCAGUAAAACAUACACUGUUGUAACCUACUAAAUUCACCAUUGUUGCAAACUAUUAUUUACUUGAACUGCAUUAUUAGGUUUUCAUAUUCUCAUUCUCAAUUAAGAAAAAGUAAGCAAGCCAAGAUUUCAUUCCCUGUAGCAUUAUUUUAAAUUAUAAUGAGUGAUCACAUAAAACUCUCUAGUAUUUCUCUAAAGCAAUUAUUACUUAUUCUACUUCAUAGUGCUCAUGUAAAUCAAUGAUCAUUGAUGUUUAAACUUUUUAGCUUUAAUGUUUAUUUAUAAUGCCUUCUUGAGUAAGAUAAAUUUAAUUCAUGAAAAGCUAUACUACAUAGUUUUAAAUAGGAGAUAAUUUGGCAAUACUCAUGCUUUAAAGUAUAUUUUUAGGCAGAGGAAUGCUGUAUAUUUUUUUAAAAACUGUUGUCCUGAAUCAGUUGUUUAAUACUAUCUUUUGAUUUUAAAAUGGUACAUAUGUGGAUUUAUGAGAAAGUAUAUUAUCUCAAGAUUGUAGGUAAGAAAAAAUGCUUUACAACAGAAAUUCAAUAAAUCAAAUUUUAAAGCACA